ACAUGCGCGGUGGCGCCGAGGCGAGGUCGCGGCAGAGCCGGGGCGCGGCGGGUUCCGGGCCGGGCUUCCCAGGACCGAGCUGGACAGGCGGCUCCGGCCGAGGCGCGGUGCUCUCUGGCACCGGACGUGGCGGGGCCAAGGCCCCUCCGCAGCGCGGGGCCGAGCCCGCCACGCAGGCGCCGCGGCCGCCGCCAUUGUUGCCCCGGGCCUCUCGGGCCGCUCCGCUGCGUGUCCGCGGGUUCGGCCACAGGAUCUCUUAACCAUCCCUAAAAGUAAGACUGCUAACUCUGCCUUGACUCUGUUCUGCCCCUGGCUGCAGCAGCCCUGGAUAAAUGUCUUUGUGGCUCUAGCAUUCGACUCCAAACAGUUGGCUCACUCCUGGAGAAAUAAAGGCUGUUGCCAGGUUGGCUCUCCUGUCUGUAGCAAUGUUCUCCCCGGGCAAGAGGACAGCCAGUUCUUCCCGUGCCCAGGUCCUUCUAACGUGGAAACCAGACAAGGCUCAGGGUGGACCCCGAAAUGCUGAGAAGGAAAUCCUCGCCGCAAGACUCUUGCGUGACACUGAGACCUGUCGGCAGAACUUUAGGAACUUUCCGUACCCAGACCUGGCUGGUCCUCGGAAGGCAUUGAAUCAGCUCCGAGAGCUCUGCCUUAAGUGGCUAAGACCCGAGAUUCACUCUAAGGAACAGAUCCUGGAGCUGCUGAUUCUGGAACAGUUCCUGACCAUCCUGCCUGGGGAGGUUAGGACUUGGGUGAAGUCCCAGUACCCAAGGAGCAGCGAGGAGGUGGUGACUCUGGUGGAGGAUUUGACUCAGAUUCUAGAGGAGGAAGCUGCUUCUCAGAACUCUGCCCUUUCUCAAGAAACCCCAGAGGAAGACUCCAAAGGAAGACAAGCUUUCCAGGCAGGGUGGCUAAAUGACUUGGUGACCAAAGAAUCCAUGACGUUCAAAGACGUGGCUGUGGACAUCACCCAGGAGGACUGGGAGCUCAUGCGUCCUGUGCAGAAGGAGUUGUACAAGACUGUGACGCUGCAGAACUACUGGAACAUGGUUUCUCUGGGACUUACAGUGUACAGACCAACUGUGAUUCCCAUAUUGGAAGAGCCGUGGAUGGUGAUCAAAGAAAUUUUAGAAGGCCCUAGUCCAGAAUGGGAAACAGAAGCCCAAGAGGGUCCUCCAGCAGAAAAUAUUUCUAAACUCACAAAGGAUGAAACCAAGCCCAUCAAGCUGGAAGAACCCUAUGAUUAUGAGAACACAAUGGAGGGACAGGCAACAGGGACCUUCAGGAGGAUUCCCACCAAGAGAGAUUUCAAUUUGAAGUCAGUCCUUUCACAAGAAGAUGAUCCUACAGAAGAGUAUUUUAGUAAAUACAGUAUAUAUACAAGUAAUUUUGAAAAGCAUCCAAACCUAAUUAUACAGUUUGGUACCCAGUCGGAUGAUAAAACUUUUGUGUACGAUGAAAGGGCAGCCUUCAAUCAUGUCUCCUAUGGGAUCGUACACAGAAAAAUAUAUCCUGGAGAGAAGCCUUAUAAGUGUAACGUGUGUGGAAAGAAGUUUAGGAAAUACCCAUCCCUCAUCAAGCACCAAAGCAGCCAUGCCAAAGAGAAGUCUUAUGAAUGUGAAGAGUGUGGGAAAGAGUUUAGACACGUCUCAUCCCUCAUUGCACAUCAGAGGAUGCACACGGGAGAGAAGCCGUACGAGUGCCACCAGUGUGGGAAAGCCUUCAGCCAGCGUGCACACCUCACCAUCCACCAGAGGAUCCACACGGGAGAGAAGCCCUACAGGUGUGAUGACUGUGGGAAGGACUUCAGCCAGCGUGCCCACCUCACCAUCCAUCAGAGGACACACACUGGCGAGAAACCCUACAGGUGCUUGGAGUGUGGAAAAACCUUCAGCCACAGCUCAUCGCUGAUUAACCACCAGAGAGUCCACACUGGAGAAAAACCUUACAUAUGCAAUGAAUGUGGGAAAACAUUCAGUCAGAGCACACACCUCCUUCAACAUCAAAAGAUACACACGGGAAAGAAACCAUAUAAAUGCAAUGAGUGCUGGAAGGUGUUUAGUCAGAGUACUUACCUGAUUCGACAUCAGAGGAUUCAUUCUGGAGAGAAGUGUUACAAAUGCAAUGAGUGUGGGAAAGCCUUUGCUCAUUCCUCAACUCUUAUUCAGCAUCAGACUACUCACACUGGAGAGAAGUCCUAUAUAUGCAAUAUAUGUGGGAAAGCCUUCAGCCAGAGUGCAAAUCUCACCCAACAUCAUAGAACACACACUGGAGAGAAACCCUAUAAGUGCAGUGUGUGUGGGAAAGCCUUCAGCCAGAGUGUACACCUUACUCAGCAUCAGAGGAUCCAUAAUGGAGAAAAACCCUUUAAAUGCAAUAUAUGUGGGAAAGCGUAUAGGCAGGGUGCAAACCUUACUCAACAUCAGAGGAUUCACACCGGAGAGAAGCCCUAUAAAUGCAAUGAAUGUGGGAAAGCAUUUAUUUAUUCUUCAUCACUUAACCAACAUCAGAGGACUCAUACUGGAGAAAGACCCUAUAAAUGUAACGAAUGUGACAAAGAUUUUAGCCAGAGAACAUGCCUUAUUCAACACCAGAGAAUUCACACGGGAGAGAAGCCCUACGCAUGCCGUGUAUGUGGUAAAACCUUCACCCAGAGUACAAACCUCAUUCAGCAUCAGCGUGUCCAUACAGGUGGCAGACACCGUAAUUAAUGCACACAGGAGACUCCACUUAGGUUUUAAACCUUAAAUUUUCUUUUGUAUUCUGUGUGUUUAAAACAUUACUCAAAAGAGGUGCAAUAUAGGUUAGCUAUCACUCAGAAGAAGCAUCAGAAUUAGUAAUGUGGGUAUAACCUAUUUAAAUUUAUUGUGAAAUUUAAGAAGAAAACAUUCACUUCCUAACCUUUAUUUGAUACCAGUUCGGUUCAUUCCAGAAGGAAAGCUUAGGAAAGUAAGAGUACUCAAAAAUUUGUAACUCAACUCUGUGCUUGAAGUACUUCUUAAUGAGGCCUUAUGUGUGUAACUUGGGAAAGCGUCCAUCCAGCAGAGAUUUCACACCAGGAGUAAUCCCAGGGCAACAGGAAUGAAAAAGCUGCUUUCAAGCCUUUGGUUCUUCCCAGCUUUGAAGCCUUAAAUAUUGAAAGGGUCCCCUCCCCCCUUUUUACUUCCCUUUUCUAUUAUGCCAUAACCACCAUGUGGAGCCAGUAGGUUAAAAAAAAAAAAAAAUAGAUCAGAGUAUCUUAAAGGUUUCUCUGUGACCACUGUUUAAUUACACUUUUCCUCAAAUGCUGAAAGGAAGUAUUUAAGUAUUAAAGGAAGAGACGCUUAAUGAUGAUCUGUAAGGAUAGAGAAACUAAUGUGUAUAUAACCCUUAAACAUAUGUACAGAUUUAGUUAAACAGUCAAAAAUUAAACACCCAAUCUUAAUCUUUAAAAAACCACACUAGCCUUAGUUUCACUAGGUUUUGACAACUGUCAUCUGGAAGCAAAAAACACAAUUGCUUUUGCUUUUUUUUUUUUUUUUUUUUUUUUUUUUGGCUGCAGUUCUGAUUCGACCCCUAGCCUGGAAACUUCCCUAUGCUGUGGGUGUGGCCCUAAAAAGAAAAAAAAAUCUUUUUUCCCCACCUGUCUCCUAAAUUCAUAACCUUAAGUGUUCCCCUGUGACUGACUUUCUGUAGAAAGUCCAUUUCUUCCAUGGAAACACAUUUCUUGAGUACUUGCUAUGCUUAGGGCCCAGACUUCCUAAUGGGAUCCUUUCAGGACUUACUGUGCUGAAAACCACACAUAAUUUAAGCGACAGAAAGCUUUCUGAAGUAAUGAAAGAUAACAAAGGGAAAGACAUGGUCUUAAGUCUCACGUGUGAUGGAAUGAACAUAAGAAACCUGCUAAGAUAGGUUGCCCAGUGCAACCACAUUAUCUUAGACAAGGAAGUUAAUGAAAGAAGCUGUUUAAAUAGCAUGAGAAAAUUAGUGGAAAAUAGGCUUAAGUUUAGUGCAGAAAGUGAAUCAGGAAAAAAACUGAAGACUUAAGGAUGAGGAAAGAAAAUACAGAGGUGAGUGUUAGAACUGAAAUUACUGGAUGUGGUUUACCUAAGAAAAUAAGAGUGACGAAUUGAAUAGAAAGGCAAAAUUCAGCCUGUUUAUAAGAACUAAAACUAAAAUGACUGAUUUCAAAAGAAUAGUUGAAAUUGGUACUCCUCAUACGUUUAAGUAAAAUAGAGAUUACUCUUAAAAUAACAGGAGAAAAGUUUCAUUGGAAAAAUUAUUGAUGCAGAAGUCAUCAUUGGUGCAGUGAUUAUUAAACAGUAAUAACUGAGUUUGUGGGGUCCCAAAGAGCCUAAAAAAAAACUGGCCGAAAGGCAAACAGGUAGAAAUACCAUUGUAUUUACUAUCCACAGCAUCCCACUAUCAGACUUUAAGACCAUGUUCUGAGAGUUGGCGUUUUUUAUCUAGCUCUUGAUUCUUUCUUGAUUCUUGUGUGUGUGUGUGUGUGUGUGUGGUGUGUCUUUUUUUAGGGCUGAACCCGAGGCAUAUGGAGGUUCCUAGGCUAGAGGUCGAAUUGGAGCUGUAGCCAUUGGCCUACACCACAGCCACAGCAACUCAGGAUCUGAGCCGCAUCUGCAAACUGCACCACAGCUCACAGCAACGCAGGAUCCUCAACCCACUGAGUGAGGCCAGGAAUCAAAGCUGUGUCCUCAUAGAUGCUAGUCAGAUUCGUUUCCGCUGAGCCACAACAGGAACUCCUAUCUUGCUCUUGUUUCUUUAGUGCCUUGCCUGUGGUGGGUGGUCAAUAGGUGUUGGCUGAAUUAAAGAAUAAAUAAGUAGUUAAGUUAGACUUGAGUAGUAAGGUGGAAGUGACUGACAUGGAGUAAAAUUGACAAAAUCUAAAAUACUUUUUAUGCAUAUGUGCAAGAAAUACUUAACAAAUAUUUGUCAUUUGUUGGUAAUAGGAAGUUCUAAACAAAUAAUCUGGAAGUUCCCUUGUUAAAGAUCUGGCUUUGCCACAGCUGUGGCACAGGUUGCAACUGCAGCACCAGUUAAUCCCUGGCCAGGGAACUUCCAUAUGCUGUGGGCUCGGCCAAAGGGAAAAAAAAAAGUGAAGAAUUCGAGUCCCCAAAUCUUACAGUGGGGAUGUUCCUAAAGAAAUCAUGAGACAUCUUUGCACAGGAAGUUUUUCUGAGCUAGAUGAGGAAAAACUGGUAUAAGUUCUGGUGCCAUAAAUGCCAAUGUAAGCAUUUAGUGACCGUGCAGCUUCAUUUGGAUGUUGGAGAGACCUGAGGCAGGUGGCGAAGGACCUGGUGUGCUGGCAUCUUCAAGGCUUUGUUGUUGAGUGUCUUCUUCAGGAAGUUGCUUUUCUCUUGUCCUCAAAAUAGUUAAUCCUUGAUGGCAUGGAAUCAUCCUUCACAAAGCGCUGGUUAUCUCCAGGUUGCAUAAUACUCAAAUUAUGCUUCUGCCAUAUAUCAUGUUAAAAAAUAACUAUUGUAUUUAGGAUGCAAUUUUUAUAAUACCACUUCAUACCUUACACAACACUUUUCUCCUGGAAUGAAUGUGUGGAGUAUUACAGUCCUUAGCGCCUUUCUUUGCAUUACUUUGUAUUUCCUACCUUUGUGUGUUUUAUGUAAAUAAUGCAUUUAUAAGGUCUUCCACUGAAACACUGAGGCAAUUGAUGCCCUUAUAAAAUAUAAUAAUAGUGGAGAAUCCUAGAUCUUUGUGCUUUUCCCACUUUUACAGUUGUCUGAUCGACACUUUCAUGUUUUUUAACAGAUGGUCUUAUUUUCCACAACUUUUUACUAUGAAAAUGUUCAAAUAUACAGAAAGGUUAAAGAAUAAAACAAACUAUAUAUCUGCCACCUAGAUUUUAAAAUUAACAUUUGCCAUACUUUUUAACUGAACAGUUGGAAAGUAAUUUACAGACAUGACAUUUCACCCCAAAACACUUAAGCAUGCAUCUCAUAAAAACAACAACAGUUACCAUUUACACAUCUCAAAAAUGAACAUUUAUUCCCAGUAUCCAAUCCUCAGUCCAUGUUUCCAUUUUCCAUGUUGAUCUGUUCACAUUGCACACGUUCUAUGUGAUUGUCUCAUCUAUCCAGAGCAGCUUCCUGCCUUUGAUUUUUUUUCCAGGACUUUAUUUUUUUUUAAUAGCGCAAGUCAGUUGUAGAAUAUAACUGAUUGUUAAAUGUGCUUUAUCUUGUUCCUGUAGUUUCUAUAAAUUAGCAGUUAUGGCCAAAGGCUUGGUGUAUUCAGGUUAGAUAUUUUUGACAUUAACGCUUCGCCAGAUGUAGUUCAUAUUGCAUCAUGUUAAUAUCUGGUUGACUCACUAUUUGUGAUGGCAAAUUUGAUCAUGCCUUCCCAACAUAAUGGUUAAUAGGUAAGCUGUGCACUGACACGGGCAGUGCACAGAUAGCUAGUUUACCAGGAACCUUUUACCUGGUGAUUUUGGUACCCAGUGAUGAUCUUUGCUGGAAUCAGUCAUUUCUUCAAGUUUUGCAAACUGGCGACUUUGUAAUUCUUUUGUUUUUUCCUACACUUAUUGACUGGCAUUGUGUAAGAAAUAACUUUCCUUCAUCAACUGGAAAUGCACUAGAGGCAGGGGCAUGCUUGUCUUUUUCCUUAUAUUACCAGUUUUCAGAGUAUGGAGUCACCGGCAGUGAUGACACAUGAGUCAGUGUGUCUCGAACAAUUAGGUUCCUUGUUUCUGAUGCUCUCAUUAUCCCAAGUUUGGCCAGUUGGACCCUUCAAGGAGCUCUUCUGCCCUUUGGCAUUCCUUCUAAUCUAGGGCACUUAACUGCCUUCUGACAAAGCUAUCUUAGAGUCACCUUGCACUAUGAAUGCCCAGAGAUGGGAUGAGCUAUUUCUCUAGGAAUCUCUGGCUCUUGUUGAUAGGCCGAAACUUAUGAGACAGGAUCUGGGCAGUAGGCAUGCUCACUGCUACUGGACAUGCUUAGCAAGUGGGCUGAGCCCUUCCGCCAUUCACCUGAGUCUGCAGCAAGGCAACUCUACCCUCCGUUCAUCAGUUACCUAAUGUCUAAUUAUGUAAUGGGAGCCAUAAUUACACACCCGGACAAAUGACUGAAAGCAAACAACUAAGUCUUGUUGAGCGUACAACUCAAUUGUAGAGAACCCAAGUGUUAGGUAGACUAGGAAGACCGCAAGCUUAAACACGAGAGGUCUUGAGCUGAGGCCAUCAGCACUGCGUUUCCAGAGGAAGGGAGCCUGUCAGUUAACCACGCAAAUGUGCUAAGCAGAGAGUAUUAGCAGCUAGCUGUAUGACACCUACUAUGUUGUGUGUGAACACUGACAUGUCCUAAUUUUCUGUAUAGAGAGGCUCAUCACCCUCCUUUCCAUCACCUUCCUUAAGGCAGGUCUGGAUCUAAAUUUCAAUUCUGAGGAUCUGUUUCAUGCAAAGUACUAGGUUUUCUUGCUGAAUUUUAUUUGGUCUUUAAAACUUAAAACCAUUCAUUCUUUGACUCUUGUCUUCUGGUAUCAAUUCACUUGCAUGUGCCUGUAACUGAGAUUUUGCCCUUUCUCUGUUUUCAUGGCUCUAUUUCACUUUAAUUAUUACCCCCUUAGGACACUACAGCCAUUAAAAAUGGCAAGCAUGUGCACUACAGUGAUGUGUAUAAAUGUGUGUGUAACCUCGUCAGAAGCACUGGGUGCUCUGUGGAUGGGGAAGUCAAGCCCAGGAUGCCUGAAGUCAUAUACACAGCGACGGAAUAAGGGCUGGAUCCAUGGGUUCUUUCUGUAAAAUCCUGUGAAAUGAAAACUCACAAAUACGGGCAGGGAGAGUGGCUUCUCGGCAGGAAGUCUUUCCACUCUAACCGUGAAGCUCUCAGGAAGCCCCUUCCCCAUCAAGAGUCCGCACGUCCGCCCGCGCGCAGUGCUCUCGCCCGCCCAGGGACGGCCCGCCAUCGAGCUGGGUGGAGGCGACGGCCAAAGCCCAAGUUCGCCUCCUUCAGGGAGGGUUUCAGACCAUCGCCGCGCCUCUCCGGACCCAGAGCUCAGGGACCCCGGCAUCCCAACAGUUGCAGGCUCACGGCCAGCUUCCGGGUAAAGGGAAUUCUGGGAUGCUGGGCGGGGCCGGGCACGCAGGCGCUCCUGGGAAAGGCCGACGCGCCCACCUGCGCAGGCGCACCGGCCAUUGUCGUGGCUCCGCCGGCGCCCCCCCGCCUAGGGCCUGCGUACUUCCUCGCGCGCUCUAGGCGGGACCUGGCGGCGGGAGGGAGCGGGAUGUUCCCGCGCAGCCCCAGGCUGCACCCAGGCACGUUUUCCCCGCGACACCUCUUCCGAGCUCAGCCUUCAGGGACCGAGGGGUUUGUUGACGCGGCUAAAGAUGGAGACUUUCUGUUUUUUUCGCCGCCCGCGGCAUAUGGAGUUCCAGAGCCAGGAAUCAGGUCCAAGCCACAGGUGCAAACUAACCGCAGCUGCAACAACGGCGGUCCUUAACCCACCCACGGUGCGGUACCAGGGAGCGAACCUGCAUCCCAGCGUUCCCAAGACGCCGCUGAUCCAGUUGUGCCACAGUGGGAACUUAGAGACUUUUUAAAUAUACCUUUUGCAUUAAAACAAUUCCUUAAUAUUAUCAACUGAAUGUUUAGAUUCCCCUGCUUGAUGUAAUUUCUUCUUGCGUUUCUUACAGUCUGUUUAUUUGAUUCAGGAUUCAACAAAGUUGCACCCUUUGAAAUUAAUUGAUACGUAACGAAAUCUCUUUUUCAGUCUGUAAGUUCUCUGACAUUUCUCUUUUUUUCUUUCAAUGUAUUUCUUGGAGAAACUGUGUCUUUUGUCUGGUAGUGUUUCUCAGUCCAUACAGUGGUCUUAAGAUACUAAUACAGCAGUUUCAUUUUUUUUUUUUUCAUUUUGCUUUAUAAAAUUCAGGGAUUGCUUUUACUGCAUUUUGGCGUUAUAAUGAAGUAAAGUUUUUUUCAUGCCAGCAAGGUAAAAUCUACAAAACAAAGCAGAGAAAUCCAACUUCUAUCCCUGUAGGGUCUACACAGUUUCCUCUUUCCCCAAAGCUAACCAUUUUAAAAAUUUACAGUUUAUUCUUAAAAUUUUUUAAAUAUGAGAAAAUGUAUGCACACAUAGUCAACUCUUGGACAACGGGUUUGGGGCAGCAACCCUUCCAGGCAAAGCCACAUAUAACUUUGUAAUAGUUCCUUCCUCCCCUCAGUUCAGCACCCAUCCAUUGUAGUGUUGUAGUACACAUUUAUUGAAAAAAAAAGUCCACACAUAGGUGGACACACAGUUCAAACCAGUGUUGUUCAAGGAUCAGCUGUAUGUUCCUUCCACCCUUUCUUAGAAAGACUGUAACCUGUAUACACAUCUCUUCACCUCUUCCACAUAAAAAAUAUACCCUGGAGAUCACAGAGAUGGCCCUCAGUUCUUUUUUCACUGCUGCAUAUUACUGCAUUUGGAUGUAAGAUAGCAUAUUCCACUAGUCCUUUAAUGAAAGACAUUCAGGUUGUUUCUCAAAGGAGGCAAGAAAGGAGAAGUAUAGAUCAGGUGAGACAAGUAGAAAACAUGGCAAGAAGGAAUAUUUGAACCCAAGUACAUCUAUAAUCACAGGAGAUAAACGGAAUAAAUACCUCCAGUCAAA